AUGAAGGUUGCCUUUUCGAUGUCAUGUUGGCGGUUCAUGUGGCCGGACGAGUCGUUGAUCCGUUCCGUUCCUACUGCGCUGCUGACUAUGAGGCACUCUCAGCAAGGCCAGACGCGCGCGGCGGUUGGGGUUUUGGUCCUUGAUGCGCGCAGUGCCACAGCCACUUCCGCCGGUGGGGCAAGGUCGUCUGCUACCACGCAUGGUGGUGGCGAGCCAGAGGCCCCUCUCGUGGGCUAUGGCAGCAGGGCCCGGCUCCCGACGGGAAACCGCUCGCGAACCAUCUCUCUGCAGGAGCUUAUGGAGCAUUUUCACCUUCCGAUAAACGAAGCUGCUUGCAAGUUGGGCGUUUGUGUCACCGUUUUGAAGCAGCAGUGUCGCGAACACGGAAUCCAGAGGUGGCCUUUUCGGAAGGUUCGCAAGCUAGACAACAUGCUUCACGCUUUGGAAAACUCAACACCUCCCGAGCGACUGCGGCCGUUCGCGCUUACAAACGGGGAGGAAGAGAGAAAGCGGAAGAUUGACACGGUAAAGGGAGCACUCUGUCAGCUUCUUGUGGACCCAAACUCGGCUGCUCAUCUGAAGAUAGGGAAGCUGAAGGGGACCAGAGUGAAGGAUGUUGGCACAAGAGACUGCACAUCAGCCGUUUCUCCUUCAUCAUCGCGCGAGAUGUCACCCUCCCAAGCAAAAUCUGUCAGGAACGAAGCGGAGGUGUUGGCGAAGCCGAUCGCGUUUUAUGGAUUCGAAAAUAGCUCGGAGGAAAUCGUGCACGAGUCAGUCAUCGAUCAAGGACCGAGGAGCGGUUCCGGCGCCAUUCCCGCCGAGAUGAUGUACGCAGCAUCCCACGCGUCCUCGGGUCCGCCACGUCGACCACUUCCCGUCCCGUCAUCGUCUCCGUCUCCGUCAGGAUCGGCGGCAUCGGCGGGCGAUGGCCGGUUCGUGCCGAACCCGUUCCAGUACAAUGCGCGCGUGGCGUCAGCGCUGGUGCCGUGCGUGCUGGUGCUGCUGGGCGCGGGAGGGCCGCUGGUCGUCGGCACGCUAGUGGCGGGGCUCAUGCUCUCGUACGUGCUCGACGCGCUGCAGCUCAAAACCGCCGCGUUCGUCGCCAUCUGGACGGCAUUCUUCUCCACCGCCGCCGCCAUCGCGUUCUCGGGAGUCGGCUUCGCGCCGCACGUGCCGGUGCCGCUGUCGCUGCUGGUGCUGCUGUCGGCCGUGAACCUCGUGUUCCUGUGCGGCGUGUGGGUGUCGCUGCAGUUCCGAUGGCUACAUCUCGAGCACCCGUUUGUCGUGCUCACGCUAGAGCGACUCCUCUUCGCCUGCACGCCCCUCACCGCCGUCGCCAUAAUCACCUGGGGGUUAGUCGCGUCGGUGGGGAUCGUGUACGCGCCGUUUUACCUCGUGCCUGUGCUCUUCGCGCUCUUCUGGCUCUUCUCCCUCCCCGCUCCCUCCUCCUUCCGCGCCGCGAAGCACCAUCCGCGGCUCCGCGGGAAGGAGUCCGACGACGUCUUUAUUCUCGGGUCGUUAGAAAGCGCGAUUCACGCGGGCGUGCUGCUGUUCCUGCCGUUGGGCUUCCACGUAGCGGUGCAUCGCAACCGUUGGAUGGAGUCAGCUGGCGACAUCUGCGACGAUCUGCUGCUCUUCUUCCUGCCUGUGCUCUUCCUGCUCGCCGCCUCCACCCGCGGCGCGCUGCACUGGCUCGUCCGCGACCACUCCAAGCUGCAACACGUGCGUAGCACGUGGAUGACACAUACCAACGCUUUUUGCUCUCCCCAUCAUUCUCCCCUUCCUGCCACCCUUCCUGCCCCACCACCUGUUGCCCCUCCUCCUCCUCUCCCUGCUCCCCCUCCUCCCCCUUCAUGCUCCCUAUCCUACUCCCCCUCCUGCUCCCGCUCCUUCCCUCUCCUGUCCCCCCGCCUGCCCUCCACACCGCCCCACCAGGUACGAGUGGUGAACGGGGCAUUCGCGCUGGCAGUGGUGCUGGUGUGCGGGGAGGUGCGGGUGAUCUUCCCCUCCUUCGCGCACUACAUCCACUUCCCGCCGCCCCUCAGCUACCUCCUCGUCACGCUCGCCCUCUUCGGCCUCGCCUUUGGCUUCGCUGCACACCUGCUGGGGCUCGUCACAGGGCUUGUGGGCACGUCAGUGCUCAUGGCCGUGCUGCUCGUGUCUGCUGUAGCUGGGUCUCUCGUGCUUGGCAUGCCUCUCACUAUGCUCCCAGCACCCGCCAUAGCAGCAGUCUACCUCGCCCACUUCCACUCCACCCACUCCCUCACCUCCUACCUCAUAUUCGCAGCAGCAGCAGCCAUCGCUGCCACCUGGUUCGUGCUCGACCAUUUCUUCUUCCUCGCCCUCUCCGUCGCCGGUGUGCCGCUGCGCUCCAUCUGCCAAGGGAUGCUCGGUGCGCUGCUGCUCGCGCUGCUCGUGCCGGCCGCCACGCUGCUGCACCGCCCGCAGCGGGUGACUGGGGUUCUGGUUGUGCUGCAGGCGCUGCUGUUCGCAUGCCUUCCAUGCCUCCUUCCUCCACCCGCCAGGCUGGAGAGCCUCUUAUACAACGGGGAUGGCCGCGCAGAGGAGGGCGUGUAUCCGAGCUUCCUCGUGGUAACCACCACCGUGGCAGGGCUGGCAGCGGUGCAGCGGCUACAUGCAGAGCACAAGAUAGGCGCGGUGGCGGAGUGGGUGGGGUCGUGUGUGUACCUGGCGAAGCUCCCCAUGCUCGCUGUGUCAUCUCCUGGCGCCACGUUCUCUUCCCUGCUGCUGCUCGCUGUCACUCCGCCCUUCUUCCUCUACCGGGACAAGGCCCAUGCACGCUCGCGCAUGCGGCCGGGAGUGGCGGUGGUGCAUGCAGCAGCGGCAGUGGCAGCAGUGGUGCAUGCACGAUUCAUGCUGUUCGACAUUGCUGUCUCUCUCACCGGUCACCGCCCCUCCCAUGCGCUGCUCAUUGGUGCUCUGCUGCUCGCUGCCAUCACUGCGUGCCUGCCCAUCCUCCUCUUGCACUUCCCCAACUCCAUGUCCGCAAGGCGCACAGCAGCACUGGCAGCAGCGGGAGCAGCGCUCUUCAUGUGCCUGCAGCCACCCCUCCCCCCCGCAUGGCGCACUCUGUGGGAUUCAGCUCACUUCCCCGAGGAGGACGACCCCGACGACUCCACCAUCUACGCCCUCCCCACGCACGGCCCUCUCUGGCCUGCCUGGCUGCUGCUCUCCCUCAUUCUCUCCGGCCUAGCCGCCUUCCUCCGCGCGAUUCCGAUAGGGGAGGUGGAAGCAGUGCGGGUGGGGUACGCCCUGGGCAUGGGUGUGGCCACGGGGGUGUAUCUACAGGCGGAGUUUUUCCUCUUCCUGCCGCUGCUGCCCCGAGUUCUCCUCUUCCUGGCGGCGAUAGCAGGGGCGCUGUUUCUCGUGCUGGCCCACCGCCCGCCCUCGUGGAUCUCCCCCCACUCGCCGCUGCUGCCGGGGCUGUUUGCGGUGCAGGCGGCGCUGCUGCCGCUGACGUACCUGGCGGUGGGGAGGGCGGCACUGGUGGAGGUGCAGGGUGAGGGGGAGGCGGGCAAGGAGUAUGACUUGUAUGACGAUACACGGCGGAAGACCUCACCCUUCACCCCAAAGCAUCGAACCUUCCAGAGGCACAUGGGUUUACUAGCGACCUUCACCUCACGCGCCUCAUGGAUGCCCCUGGUGGGCAACGCAGCCACGCUCGCCUCCUUCCUGCUAGCGCUCUCUCUCCUCACCACCCUGGCGCAGCACGACAGCGACCAGCGGGCCAUCUUCCUCAUCGCACCCAUCCUCCUGCUCCUCAACCCCCACCUCUCCUUCCCCUCUGCCUUCUCACACCGCCGCCGCUACUUCCCCCUCACCCUCGCCUGCUCCGCGUACCUCAUUCUCUCCGUGCUGGUAACCGUUACGGCUGAAGCAGCCACGGCGGUGUAUUACUGGGGGUGGAGCUGGGUAACGCUGGGUUACAAUGUAACGCAGCUGGCGUGGACGGUGGGCAUGGUGCUGCUGUGUGUGCCCAUGCACGUGCUCUUUAACCUGUUCAUUUGGGACAAUGUGCGGAGGAGCGAGUAUCUACUGCUGCUGCUCGCGCCGAUGUGUGUGCCGGCGGUGGUACUGCCAGGGGAGACACCUGUGGUGCGGGUGGUGGGGGUGUUGGGGUUGAUAUAUGCAUUCCUGCAGCUACUCAUUUCACGACACAUACGCGUUGCUGGCUUGAGACUCAUAUAG